GGUAUCGCCUUUUGCCCAAUCUCAUAAGGCUCAAGACUACUAAAGAGAAGUUAACAUCGUUUUUGAAUAUCUUUUAACCGGUAAUCCGAUCCGCGACAUGCACGCACACAGGGAGAUGAACAGUGAUUACCCCACAGGUGGGCAAAGCCCCGGUGAAAAAGAGACGGAACCACCACCGGCAAACGCCAUGUAUCAUCAAAGUCCUGCGGUGUCACGACUGUCAAGUAGUCUACUGACGCUGCCUAAAGAGUUACCGGCUUUCUGUGCGUCCAACCACCGCAUGCUCGUGAUGAACCCGGGGUUGCUGAAUUCACGGGCCGGUUCUCCUUAUUAUUCGGAGACACACAUCGAUAAUCUUAACAAUAAACGGAAGAAACAUGCGAUCCAAACAAGGCAGGAACGCUUCGCAGGUUCCGGAACCGUCUGUCCAAUGGGCAGUGGUGCCAGUAGACUCUACAGCUCCCUGGCCCAGACCCUAGUCAGCACCAGCACCACUACCACGCCCCUGGCCCAGACCCUAGUCAACAACACCACCACCACCACUACCACCCCCCUGGCCCAGACCCUAGUCAGCACCAGUACCACUACCACCCCGCUGGCCCAUCACCAGGACCCCCAGCACCCCUCCCCCUCACAGGGGUGUCACUCUCCCCCGGGGGGGCACCCCCUGGAGCUGCUGAGGGAGUGUGAGGAGGCUCUACGGGACAGGCCUCCUCGCCUCCUCAGAGCCUUCAUCUGCCCCGGGGAGGGAGAGGUGGACAGGGAGGAAGUGGACAACGAUGCCACCCAGAGGACCAUCAGAGUUAUGCAGUGGAACAUACUGGCUCAAGCUCUAGGUGAAGGUAUGGACAGUUUCGUCAACUGUCCCCUGGAAGCCCUGAACUGGGCGGAGCGUAAAUACCUCAUCCUAGAAGAGAUCCUCACCUACCGACCUCACAUCCUGUGUCUACAGGAAGUCGACCACUACUACGACACCUUCCAGCCAAUCCUGGCCAGCCUGGGUUACCGCGGCAACUUCUGCCCCAAGCCCUGGUCUCCGUGUUUGGAUGUGGAGGGCAACAACGGUCCGGAUGGAUGUGCUCUGUUCUACGAUGAAGCCCGGUUGGACUUGGUGGAUAGUGUGAAUGUCCGGCUGUGUGACCUUUUCACACCCACCAACCAGGUGGCGGUCGUCACGACGCUGCGUUGCAGGGUGACAGGCCGGCGGCUGUGUGUUGCCGUGACGCACCUCAAAGCCCGGAGCGGCUGGGAAUGCCUCCGUAGUGCCCAGGGUUCCGACCUUCUCCGGAACCUCGCCACCCUCACCCAAUCACCGGGGGGUCCUUCGGGUCCCAUCGGCGUCUCCCCAGACACCCCUCUCCUCGUCUGCGGCGACUUCAACGCUGUGCCUUCCGAGGACGUCUACCAGCGUUUCGCCUCAUCACCGUUGAUCCUUGACUCCGCCUAUAAACGGUUAAGCCGGGACGGGCUUUCGGAACCGGCCUACACCACGUGGAAGAUCCGGCCGACGGGAGAGUGCUGCACCACAUUGGAUUAUAUCUGGUACUCUAGAGAAGCUUUCAGUGUGGACGCCGUGUUGGAUAUGCCUACAGAGGAACAGAUUGGCCCCAACAGGCUUCCGUCGUACAACUACCCCUCCGAUCACCUCUCGCUGGUGUGUGACUUCAGCUUUAAAAAGCAGCAGGAGGAGUGAACAGGAUCAUAUGGACUCUUGAUUGACAAUUCGAGGGAUGGAGGGAACAGAACGAGGGAGGGAUGGAGGGAACAGAACGAGGGAUGGAGGGAACAGAACGAGGGAUGGAGUGAACAGAACGAGGGAUGGAGGGAACAGAACGAGGGAGGGAUGGAGGGAACAGAACGAGGGAUGGAGUGAACAGAACGAGGGAUGGAGGGAACAGAACGAGGGAUGGAGGGGACAGAACGAGGGAUGGAGGGAACAGAACGAGGGAUGGAGGGAACAGAACGAGGGAUGGAGGGAACAGAACGAGGGAUGGAGUGAACAGAACGAGGGAUGGAGGGAACAGAACGAGGGAUGGAGGGAACAGAACGAGGGGACAGAACGAGGGAUGGAGGGAACAGAAUGAGGGAUGGAGUGACCAGAACGAGGGAUGGAGGGAAUAGAAGCGCCACUGUCCCUCUGAGUCCGAACCCAUCUCUCUGGGGUAUGAUGACUGGAGAACAGGAGGAGGGAAGUAGGGAGGAGACAACCCGCUUGGUGUGAGCUUACUUUUCAGAAGUCAUGUUAUCGAUUUAAAACACUCUGAAUGAAGGAGAGACCGAGAGGAAUGAACUGGACAGACUGCUGAAACUAGGCUCUAUGGUUCCUGUCUACAGUAGAGGUGCUGUUGUUGUACCUCUGACACUGUGAUGAUUGGACUGGACAGACUGCUGAAACUAGGCUCUAUGGUUCCUGUCUACAGUAGAGGUGCUGUUGUUGUCUCUGACACUGUGAUGAUUGGACUGGACAGACUGCUGAAACUAGGCUCUAUGGUUCCUGUCUACAGUAGAGGUGCUGUUGUUGUCUCUGACACUGUGAUGAUUGGACUGGACAGACUGCUGAAACUAGGCUCUAUGGUUCCUGUCUACAGUAGAGGUGCUGUUGUUGUACCUCUGACACUGUGAUGAAUGGACUGGACAGACUGCUGAAACUAGGCUCUAUGGUUCCUGUCUACAGUAGAGGUGCACCUCUGACACUGUGAUGAAUGGACUGGACAGACUGCUGAAACUAGGCUCUAUGGUUCCUGUCUACAGUAGAGGUGCACCUCUGACACUGUGAUGAAUGGACUGGACAGACUGCUGAAACUAGGCUCUGGUUCCUGUCUACAGUAGAGGUGCUGUUGUUGUCUCUGACACUGUGAUGAUUGCACCCUACCUGCUCCUAUUCAACUCUACUUGUCCUGGGCUGCUUCAGUUGAAGAGGGUAAUCCUACAGAGCAGGAUCAAGGGGUUAGCCGGCUAACUAGGAGUUAACUUGCCUAAAUAUUCUGAAGUAUUACAGUGCAUUUUGGGAAGUAUUCAGACACCCUAACUUUCUUCAAAAUGUUGUUACAUUACAGCCUUAUUCUAAAAUUGAUUAAAUUAAUGUUUUUCAUCAAUCUUCACAAUACCCCACAAUGGACAAAGCAAAAACAGGUUUUUAGAAAUACCUCACUUAUAGCAAUACUUUGCUAUGGGCCUUGAAAUUGAGCUCAGGUGCAUCCUGUUUCCAUUGAUCAUCCUUGAGAUGUUUCUACAACUUGAUUGGACAUGAUUUGGAAAGGCACACACCUGUCUAUAUAAAGGUCCCGCAGUUGACAGUGCAUGACAAUGGAAUUGUCCGUAGAGCUCCGAGACAGGAUUGUGUCGUGGUUCAGAUCUGGGGAAGUGUACCAAAACAUUUCUGCAGCAUUGAAGGUCCCCAAGUAAACAGUUGCCUAAUCAUUCUUAAAUGGAAGAAGUUUGGAACCACCAAGACUCUUCCUAGAGCUGACAACCUGGCCAAACUGAGCAAUUGGGGGAGAAGGGCGUUGGUCAGGGAGGUGACCAAGAACCUGAUGGUCACUCUGACAGAGCUCCAGAGUUCCUCUGUGGAGAUUGGAGAACCUUCCAGGAGGACAACCAUCUCUGCAGCACUCCACCAAUCAGGCCUUUAUGGUAGAGUGACCAGGCGGAAGCCACUCCUCAGUAAAAGGCACAUGAUAGCCCGCUUGGACUUUGCCUAAAGGACUCGAACCAUGAUAACCAAGAUUGAACUUAACCAUGACUCUGUCAUGUCUGGAGGAAACCUGACACCAUCCCUAUGGUAAAGCAUGGUGGUGGCAGCAUCACGUCUGGAGGAAACCUGACACCAUCCCUAUGGUAAAGCAUGGUGGUGGCAGCAUCACGUCUGGAGGAAACCUGACACCAUCCCUAUGGUAAAGCAUGGUGGUGGCAGCAUCAUGCUGUGGGGAUGUUUUACAGUGGCAGGGACUGGGAGACUAGUCAGGAUGGAGGUAAAGAUUAACAGAAAGUACAGACAUCCUCGAUGAACCUGCUCCAGAGCACACGGGACCUCAGACUGGGGGCGAAGGUUCACCUUCCAACACGACAACGAUCCUAAGCACACAGCCAAGACAACGCAGGAGUCUUACUGUGUGUGUGUAUAUAUAUAUAUGUCCUUUUCUGGUCUAAUACUGGUGAGGUGUGUCAUUAAUGCCUACUGAUACUUGUAACGGGGCCAUGUUCAGUACAAAAACGUUAUAUAGAAAUACCACUAAAUAGAGCCAACGUGAAUCCUUAUUGUAUAUGUCAGAGAUGAGCAUUUGUUCUAAAUAGCAUAUUUCUAUCUGAACGUAUGCCUACGGUACAUUUCAUCUGUAAUAUAAACAGUAUCUAGAUGUAUUUUAUCCAAAACAACCUUCCAGUAGUGUGUCUAUACAUUGUAUGGGUGGCCCCAGUAGGAAACUAAACCAUAUCCCUGGCACGGUGCCACGUACAACCAACUGACCCAGUUAUUUCCAGUCCAUGAGUCUCAGGACAGUAGUUUAUAUUCAAACUGUCAGCCUGUGUGCAAUAAAACAAUCUGCCCUUC